UGACGUCAUCUGGGCGGAUCCACUGAAAUCGAAAGUAAAGGCUUAUGCGUGUAUUUUUCUCUCCGCGACUGGAGACGGAUUUGUGUGUGUUCAUGCAACACUUUACACAUUAUUGACAUCUUCCUGGUUUAUCUGAAGCUUUCUGAGCAAACAGUGUGAUCUUCUGCCAUGAUUUCAGCUGUAGCACUGAGAUGGAUUUUACUGUUACUUUAUUCAUCUCUCAGCCAUCAGACUUCUUCUGAUCAGUUUACAGUGAAGGUUCAGUCUGAGGUCUCAGGGCGGCUUGGUUCCUCUGUGUCUCUUCACUGUGCUCUUGAUAACAACAUGGAUGCUCGACCCCUGGAAGUCCGCUGGCACUGUCCAGAACAGAACACCCCGGUUCUGCUCUACAAGAACAGACAGAUCCAGAAGAGUCGUGUAGAUGUUCGGUACCAGGGCAGAGCGUUCCUGUUAGGAGACCUGGAGAAAGGAGACGUCUCUCUGAAGCUGGAGAACCUGAUGCUAGGAGACAGUGGAGACUAUGUCUGUCAUGUGAAGAAUGAUGUCUGGUACGACAAGGCCACGGUGUCCCUCAGAGUGAGAGCGGUGGGAUCCACUUCUGUUAUCUCCUUAAAGGAAGCAGGCGAAGGCCAGGUGAACAUUAGCUGUAAAUCACAUGGUUGGUUCCCAGAGCCGUCAAUCAUCUGGACAGAUAAAGAAGGGAGAGAUCUGAAACAUCUCAGCACAGACAUCUUCACCACCAAACCUGAAGGUACUGUAGAUGUGAGCUCAUGGCUGAUUGUGUCUCCCUCUGAGUCUGAGUGGAUCUCCUGCUCUGUGGGUUUGUCUGAUCCGGAGAGAAAAGACAGCAGAGUGACGUUAUUUGUCCCUGCAGGUGGAAGAGAAUCGUUGAAUGGAUACUUCAUUGCGAUGCCCAUUCUGCUGCUGUGUGCUGCUGCUGGAGUUGCAGUGUUUUUCCUGCUACGUAAAAAAGGUCUGAUUCUCUCCAAGAAGAAAGGGGCGAAAGAACCAGGAACUCCAUCAGAAACUGAACCUCUGAACAUGGCCCAUGUGGAGAAUCAGGAUCAGAAUGAAGAUACAUCUGAUGGUCCAGUUCUUCAUGCUGUGGUUGUAGCAGAAUCCAGAGGAGAGCAGAGAGGAACCAGCUCCUUCUCCUUCUCAGGUUUCUCCACUGAUGGUUCAGCCACGGACAAACCAAACCUCACUGAGUCCUUCUCAGAUCUCAGACCUGAUACCUCAAAUACCACACCCACUGCCAUCAGAUCAAAUACCACACCCACUGCCAUCCCCUCAAAUACCACACCCACUGCCAUCCCCUCAAAUACCACACCCACUACCAUGACCCCAGAUCCCACACCAGCUGCCCCCACCUCAGACUCCGCCUCUGUCACAACAUCUGCAGGAAGUUUCAGCUCAGGCAAAACACAUCCUACCACCAAUACUGACAGAAGAAUACUACAGGCCAAAAGGAGAAGGAGAAAAGAUGCAGCAAAUAAAACAGGAAACUCUUCUGGUAAAGCUGAAGGAGGAGAAACCAUUACAGAGAGUUCAUCAAAGAGGAAAAGAAAGCAAACUCCGGAAAGUCCAAGGACCACAAAGUGUCUCUAUAAGGAAGAAGGAGAAAGAGAGGACAGUGAGGUGGGUGUGGAUGAACCUGUCCCAGAGGAUGUGGAGAUGAAGACAGAGACGGGGACAGGGAUGGAGUAUAAUGAUUCAUGUCCUGAGGAUGUGGAGAUGAAGACAGAGACGGGGACAGGGAUGGAGAAUCAUGGUUCAUGUCCAGAGGAUGUGGAGAUGAAGACAGAGACGGGGACAGGGAUGGAGUAUAAUGAUUCCUGUCCUGAGGAAAAUGGAAUGCAGUGUGACUGAAGUUUAUUGUGUUUCAGCUCUUCAGCGUAUUUCUGAUUAUUUUAUACUGCAGAAAAGUUUUUAUGUUUUUAUUUUAUUAUUUUUACUCUAAUACUGUUUAUAUUGUAAACCUGUGAUGUUCCAGCUGUUGUGUUUAUUGCUGUCUGUUAGAUAUUAAUAAAAAUCUGAAUUCUAAAUUAAUUAUAUUUAAAUGUUUAGGUAAAUACAUCAUACCAUCAUCAAUAUCAUCAUUUACCAUUUCACAUUCUACAGAAAAAUACACAAAUGAAUGUUUUCUCUAUUUUUUGUAUUAUUUAUUUAUUAUUCAAAGCAGAGUUUUCUUAUUUUCUACAAUUUUUUUUUUUUACUUUAUAUCUAUUAAUUCCAUUCAUUGAUCUGUUCUGCUUCUCCUUCACAGUGUCACAGUGAGCCUAGAGCCUAUAGCAGGGACACACACACACACACACACACACACACAAGAAUAUUUUAUUUAAACCAGUUUUCAUAAAAUAAAGACUUAAUGCGAUGUAAAAUAAAGCAGUUGUUCCAAAUACACAGUGUUGUGAGGACUAAAGUUGUGAGAAAAAACUUAUGUUCAACACAACAGGACCUGGUGCUGAAGGAGAGACAGUGUGAGAGGUAGCUUGGACAAUUUAAAAUCACACUUGAUUAAAAAUUCAAGACCACUGACUUUCUCAAACACUGAAUCUUCUGUAAACCAUGUACUGUUUGUGUUCUGAAGAUAUCAUCUAAGCCAUUGAGUUUUUAAAACACUGUUCAUUAUUUCUGAAUCAAUAACAUUUAGACCUCCUUCUUCAAAACUGUGAACCAAAUGGUUUUUGUUUAUAUAAUGAUGCCUAUUUUUCUGAAUAAAAUGAAAGAUUGUGCUUUUAUAUUCCUUUAUGAAACGAGGGGGAUAGCAAGUGAUGAGGCUGGGUAAAAAAAACUGAGAGAGAAAUUCCAUUUUGGUUAACAAAUUCUUCCAUAAUGUGACAUAUCUCUUUGUAACCAACUGUUGAGAAUUAAUUCUGCUUUUAGAAAUCUGUUUACAAAAAUUUUAUAUAGAGGUUUAAAGCGGGAUAUUACAUUAAAAGUCUGCUUUGCUGUAAUAAUUUCUAAUUAAUUCACACUUAUGUUUAAGUGCAAACCAGAAGCAUUGGAGAACAAAUUAAUAAAUGGCUAUUAAUUAAUUAAUUAAUUUAAUGGCUCUAUCAAUUUGAUGUUUUUCCUUUAAAAAAAGAGUCGUAUCAUCGGCCAACUGACCAAUAGAAAUUUGUCUUCCAAAUACCCUGAGUUUAUCAAAGUUUUGUCAUCAUUAAUUAAAAUAGCGAGCAUCUCUACAGCCAUGAUGAAUAAGAAAGGAGUAAUGGGACAGCCUUGCCUAAUUCCUCAUGUAAUAUUAAAUCUCUGAGAUGUCCCAUGCCAUAGUGAUAUAGAAUUAUUAAUUUCUUUAUAUAGCAUUUUUAUAAAAAAUAUGAAUUUGUUUCCAAAACUGUAUUUAAGGUUAAUCUGAAAUCGUGUCAAAUGCUUUACUAAAAUCCAAAAACAAAAUAAAUCCAUCAUUCUCAGUCCAUUCGUGAUCAUCUACAAUAUCCUAAACCUAGCCUAAUAUUAUUAUGUAUUGAUCUGCCUUUCAUAAAUCCAGACUGUGAUUCUCUUAUCAUUUGGUCUAAUCCUUCCUUUAGUCUGUUGGGAAAUAUGUGAGCUAAAAUCUUAUAGUCGCAGUUAA